AUGGAUCACCCAUGCAAAUAUAAAGUUGACAAAUUAGAGAAGCAAGUGUAACUACCUCUACCCUUCAUCUUCUUCGUCUGUAAUAUAAUACACUUUGUUUAUCUCAUCCUUUCGUCCAAAUCCUGAAGUUCAAUCUCCCGCUAUCUUUUCACCUUCUUUUCCUGUCGUCUAUAAGGUCCUGAAAAGCUGGCGAACGUGCAAUGCUUGAUCAAGAAUUUCCCUCGCCCGGAAAACGCAACCAGCGAAGAUGGAGGAUGGCCUUCACGGCUAUAUAUUUUACAAGGGUUCUUUGUUCCCUGUCCAAGAAAGUUCUUGACAAUCAGAACAGGCUAUUGGGUUCCUUCUCUUAUGUUGCAAUUAGUAUCAAUGAUGAUGCUGCACAUAAUGAAGGUAGGCCUUUGGUGGAUGUUGAUCAUAAUACACUGAUUGAUAUGGUUAAAAAUAGAAGCCUUGAAUCUUUGCAUCAACUCGGUGGAGCCAAACAAGUUGUUGCAAUUCUUCUAAGUGAUGCCAAAGAAGGUAUUAGCGACAAUGAAGCUGACCUUGCACAUAGAAGAGAGGUAUUUGGUGCCAAUAGGUACCAGAAACCGCCUACUAAAAGCUUCUUUAGCUUUGUUUUUGAAGCACUGAAAGAUUCGACCAUGAUCAUUCUUUCGGUAUGCUCUGUUUUGUCUCUAGGCUUUGGCAUUAAACAGCAUGGUCCGAAAGAUGGCUGGUAUGAUGGAGGAAGCAUCAUUGUCGCUAUCGUACUUGUCAUUGCUGUCUCUUCUGUCAGCAAUUUCAAGCAAUCCAAGCAAUUUGAGAAGCUAUCAGACGUGAGCAAUGAUAUAAAGGUUCGAGUGGUUAGAGAUGGGAGGCACCAUUCAAUAUCUAUAUUUGAUAUUGUGGUGGGUGAUGUUAUUUCUUUGAAAAUCGGGGAUCAGAUACCGGCUGAUGGCUUGUUCUUGGAUGGUUAUUCCUUGAAGUUGGAUGAAUCCAGUAUGACAGGCGAAAGCGAACAUGUUGAGGUCGAUGGCCACAGAAACCCAUUCGUGCUUUCUGGAACAAAGGUGAUUGAUGGUUUUGGUUCCAUGAUUGUUACAUCUGUUGGCAUGAAUACAGCUUGGGGUGAAAUGAUGAGUUCAUUAACCAGCAAUUUGGAGGAGCAGACCCCAUUACAAGCACGCCUGAGUGAACUGGCUUCUUAUAUUGGUAAGGUCGGAUUGUCAGUUGCCAUACUCGUUCUUGCAGUUUUGAUGAUUCGUUAUUUUACGGGAAGCACCAGAGAUGAAAAUGGACAGAGAGAGUUCAAUGGAAGCAAGACAAAAGUCAGUGACGUACUCAACUCAGUUGUGGGGAUUGUUGCAGCAGCAGUGACUAUUUUAGUGGUCGCAAUUCCAGAAGGUCUGCCCUUAUCUGUAACUCUAACCUUAGCUUACUCUAUGAAGCGAAUGAUGAAGGAUAAUGCGAUGGUUCGUAAACUCUCUGCUUGUGAAACAAUGGGUUCUGCCACAACAAUCUGCACAGACAAAACUGGCACUCUUACUUUGAACCAGAUGAAGGUCAUAGAGUUUUGGCUUGGGAAGGAAUCAAUUGAGGAUGGAACUUCAUCAAAAAUAGAACCAGCCAUCUAUGAGUUGCUGCAAGAAGGAAUUGCCUUGAACACGACAGGUACUGUUGGCAAAUCACAUACUUCACUAGAUGCUGAAAUUUCUGGUAGUCCAACUGAAAAAGCAAUUCUUUCUUGGGCUGUGUUUGAUUUGGGUAUAAAAAUAAUUGAAACAAAGCUAAAUUGUAAAAUAAUACAUGUAGAGGCAUUUAAUUCAGAGAAAAAAAGAAGUGGGGUAUGGAUGAGGAAAAGCAAUGAUAAGACAAUUCAUACGCACUGGAAGGGAGCAGCUGAGAUGAUAUUAGCUAUGUGUUCAAAUUAUUAUCUCCGAAAUGGGGCAGUAAAAGCCAUGAAUAGGGAUGAUAGACUGCAAUUUGAAACAAUAAUUCAGAGCAUGGCAGCCAAAAGCCUGCGAUGUAUUGCCUUCGCCCACAAAAAGUUGAAAGCAGAUGACAGAAAGGAACUAUCUAAGGAGCCUGAAGAAACUGAAUUUACCUUAAUGGGGAUUGUAGGACUGAAGGACCCAUGUCGGCCAGGGGUCAGCGCAGCAAUAGAAUCAUGUAAGAAAGCAGGGGUGAUUGUUAAAAUGAUCACUGGUGACAAUCUGCAUACAGCAAGAACUGUAGCUAUUGAAUGCGGGAUUCUCAGUCCUGAAGAUGAUAUGGACAGAGCUGUAGUAGAAGGUGUACAAUUUAGAAACUUCUCACCUGAGGAUAGAACAUCAAAAAUCGAUGAAAUUCGAGUAAUGGCAAGAUCAUCCCCGUUUGACAAGCUUCUGAUGGUACAAUGCUUGAAACAGAAAGGCCAUGUGGUAGGAGUCACUGGUGAUGGCACAAAUGAUGCUCCUGCUCUUAAAGAAGCAGAUAUUGGGCUUGCCAUGGGGAUACAAGGAACAGAGGUGGCCAAGGAGAGCGCAGACAUAAUCAUCUUGGAUGAUAACUUCUCUUCAGUAGUGACAGUAUUGCAAUGGGGAAGAUGUGUCUACAGCAACAUUCAAAAGUUCCUUCAAUUUCAGCUCACUGUCAAUGUUGCUGCUCUUGUUAUCAACUUUGCUGCAGCUGUUUCUUCAGGUGAAGUUCCUCUAACUGCAGUUCAGCUACUGUGGGUAAACCUUAUCAUGGACACACUGGGAGCACUAGGAUUGGCCACUGAGCAGCCUACCAGUGAUCUGAUGGAAAAGAAACCUGUGGGUAGAUGGGAGCCCCUCAUCACCAAAAUCAUGUGGAGGAAUCUCAUUGCUCAAGCCUUAUAUCAGGUAGCUAUCUUACUUGCACUACAGUUCAAGGCACAGUCUAUCUUUGGUGUGAAUGAGAAAGUUAAGAAUACAAUCAUCUUCAAUACUUUUGUACUGUGUCAAGUCUUCAAUGAAUUCAAUUCAAGAAACAUGGAAAAGAAGAAUAUAUUCAAAGGGAUACACAGAAACAAAUUGUUCCUAGUGAUCAUUGGAAUUACCAUACUUCUUCAAGUAUUGAUGGUGGAGCUUCUGACGAGGUUUGCCAGUACUGAGAGGCUAAAUUGGGGGCAAUGGGGUGCUUGCAUUGGCAUCGCUGCUCUGACUUGGCCAAUUGGAUUUCUAGUAAAGUGCAUUCCUGUUCCUUUUUAGAAAGUGAGAAAAGCUCCCUCAGCCUGGAAAAACAUAGCCAAUGAUCAGUUUUCUCUUUCUAUCCCUUUCCUACCAAAGUGCAUUCCUGUUUUCAGAAAGUGAACCUUAGAUGCUUUGGUAUUGUUUUGGUAGCUGCCAUUCUGUUAGUUGUUUCUUUCAUAAAAUAUUUAGAUUCAAAAUAUGGGUAAACAUAUAAUCCAUGCUUACUUAAUUCUCUCUAUU